GCGCGAUCUCCUUCUGCCCGGCUCCGUCCGCUUCUUAUAUUCCACCGCUUUCUCUCUUCCUCCCACUUACCAUCGCCCUCUCCUCCUCACCAUGUCCAACAUCACUGAAGAGCCCCCCUCCACCGAUCUCAUCACCCUCACUCGCCAUGUCCUGAGCGAUCAGAUCCGCCUCGGGCCAAAGGCCACGGGCGACCUCACCCUCCUCCUCACCGCCAUCCAGACCACCUGCAAGUUCAUCGCGACCAAUGUGCGCAAAGCGCGCCUCAUCAAUCUCGUCGGCCUCGCGGGCGAGACGAACGUGCAAGGCGAGGAGCAGAAGAAGCUGGACGUGCUCGCGAACGACAUCAUGAUCAACUCGCUGCGCGCGUCUGGGAAGACCGCCGUGCUCGUCUCGGAGGAGAACGAGGAGGCGGUCAUCAUCGAGGACAAGUACAAGGGCCGCUACUGUGUCGUCUUCGACCCGCUCGACGGCUCGAGCAACAUCGAUGCGGGUGUGAACAUCGGCACGAUCUUUGGCGUGUACAGGGUGAAGGACGACUCGAAGGGCGCGAUCUCGGAUGUGUUGCGACCGGGGAGCGAGAUGGUCGCGGCGGGGUACUGCAUGUACGGUUCCUCCGCGAACUUGGUGCUCACCACCGGCGACGGCGUCAACGGCUACACCCUCGACGCCGGCGUCGGCGAGUUCAUCCUCACCCAUCCCAACAUCCAAGUCCCCUCGCGCGGCAAGAUCUACUCGUUCAACGAGGGGAACUCGAUGUACUUCCACAAGCCCGUCGUCGACUACCUCCACUCGAUCAAGUACCCUGCGAACGGCAAGCCGUACAGCGCGCGGUACAUUGGAUCCAUGGUCGCCGAUGUGCACCGUACGCUGUUGUACGGUGGUAUCUUCGGCUACCCGGGCGACAAGAAGAGCAAGUCGGGCAAGUUGCGGAUACUGUACGAGGCGUUCCCGAUGUCCUUUUUGACCGAACAGGCCGGCGGCGUCGCCACAGACGGCACCCAGCGCGUCCUCGAUAUCAUCCCGAAGGGCAUCCACGACCGCUGCCCAGUCUUCUUGGGUAGUAAAGAGGAUGUCGAGGAUCUGAAGAAGUUCUACAAGAACUCCGAGGGCCAAUGAGCGUCAUGUACUCUAUAUCCAGGCAGAUCUGUAGCAGUAGGAGGUCCAAUGUAACAUACAAGCAAUCUACCCCAUAGAGAUCAACACCCCUAUAGUUUCCUGACCUAUAAGAUCUAGGUCACCAUACGCCGUCGCGAGGGGUUUACGAGGCAGGUUCAAGUGCGAGUCUUCCGCCUGAACUGCAAAUUUAUGGCUUGCCAUGGGCACA